AUGGAGCUGGAGUAAUAACACUUUGUGGAUCUUCAGAGAUUUUUGGAGGCAAUCCUAACUUUGAUACUUAAAUUGGCAAAGAUAUUGAAUUGUUUCCUAAUACAACUGUAUGAUUAAAUUUAAAAUUUUGGCAGUAAAAUAUUAUAAUUAAUCUUAGCCUUGAUAAUUGGGAAGGUGAAAGAAUGGAGGUCAAAGUUGAUAAUAUUAUAGUUUUUAGUUAAAUUUAAAGUUCUGGAUACUUUUAAACCUUAUCCUGA